UCGGUUUCCUUUCACUCAGUGUGACGUGCCUGGCCAAUCACGUCGGAACAAGGACCAACAAAGAGUUCAUCUCAACUGUAUAGGAACGCACAGCAGGCGUUGCAAGCGGCAGACUAGCGAGGAGUCCUGGGACAGUUUUGGAAACAUGGCAAACGUGGAGCAGAAGCUUAUCACCCCUGUCUCUCAAGCUCAAUCUGGCGCUUCGAGAAAUAAGGUCACCAUUGUGGGUGUAGGCCAAGUUGGGAUGGCCUGUGCUAUCAGCGUUCUCUUGAGGGAGCUUACUGAUGAGAUGGCUUUGGUUGAUGUUCUGGAAGACAAACUGAAAGGAGAAAUGAUGGAUCUUCUUCAUGGUAGUCUGUUCCUUAAAACUCCAAAGAUUAUGGCUAACAAAGAUUAUGCCAUCACUGCAAAUUCCCGGGUGGUAGUUGUUACUGCUGGGGCACGUCAGCAGGAGGGCGAGAGUCGACUCAACCUGGUCCAGAGAAAUGUCAACAUCUUCAAAUUCAUCAUCCCCCAGAUUGUAAAAUACAGCCCCAACUGCACUAUCAUUGUGGUUUCCAAUCCAGUGGACAUUUUGACCUAUGUAACUUGGAAAAUUAGUGGCUUCCCGAAGAAUCGUGUGAUUGGCAGUGGCUGCAAUCUGGAUUCUGCCAGAUUCCGCUACCUGAUGGCUGAGAAACUUGGUCUCCACCCAUCCAGUUGCCAUGGGUGGGUGCUCGGUGAACAUGGAGAUUCCAGCGUUCCGGUCUGGAGCGGCGUCAAUGUGGCGGGAGUUGGGUUGCAACAACUGAAUCCUGAAAUUGGAACUGCCCAGGACAAGGAGGACUGGAAGGAAGUGCAUAAGAUGGUUGUGGACAGUGCCUAUGAGGUAAUUAAGCUGAAGGGUUACACCAACUGGGCUAUUGGCCUCAGUGUUGCGGAACUAGUUGAAUCCAUUGUGAAAAAUCUGAGCAGAAUUCACCCAGUGUCCACCAUGGUGAAGGGCAUGUACGGUAUAGCAAACGAGGUCUUCCUGAGCUUGCCCUGUGUCCUGAGUGCUGAGGGUCUGUCUGCCGUCAUCAACCAAACCCUGAAAGAAGGUGAGGUGGCCCAGCUGAGGAAGAGCGCUGACACCCUCUGGGCCAUUCAGAAGGAGCUAAAGGAACUCCAAAGUUAAGCCAACUAUAAAACGACUGGAUAUAGAAAAGCAUACCUUAUGGUGGGAGUGACAGUAUCACCAUAAAUACACUCCACAAUUGACACCAAUCAUAUGGCUGUCAUCUACACACAAUCAAAUGUAUUCCACCUAUUGCUUCUAUUAUCUUCAUUGCUUCAAAAGUGUUGAUACGCUUGCUGUGAUGCAGAUAACUUUCAUUUCUCUACAGCUAAAGAUCCAUGUUACCUUUUUCACAAAGAUGGGCACAAAAGGGGCCAGUCUAGUUCAUCUUCUGGUAAAACAUGCAAUGUGCUCCUUUCAAGAAUAAACAAUUGUUUGAGUACCUCCACUCCCCAACCUAGUUGACUUGUGGAAGUUCAGAUAAGUAGGACACUUACUGACACCAGUUUUUAAGCAAAUUUACUUUAUCUCUUUUCUUUCUUAUUGAGUCAUAAUACAGAAGGUGGCCAUUCAGCCCUUUUGUGCCCAUACUAGCUUUCCGAAAGAGCUGCUGUCUGUAUUUUCUUUCCAAUAGUUCAAAGUUCAAAAUAAAGGUAUUAUUUAAGUAAA